CUCUCGUUUUGGAUAUUUUUUUCUGGCUCUCGCUUCCUCUCGCUCUUUCUCUCUUUCUCUCUUUCUCUCUUUCUCACGCUGGCCCUGGAUCCAUAUCGACGACUCACAAUCCGUUGCGGCUGUUAUUAUGAGGACCAAACGUUUUUAGUUCACCGACGACGAUCGACUUUGUUACUGUUCAAGUUUUAUGUGUAGAACUCAGUGAUCUCGUUGCGGAAUACUUAUCCAAAGUGGCUGCCACGAUGGCGCAAACGUUCAAUCAGAAGAGAAACGUCUACAGCAUCGAUCAGAUUUUAGGACACGCCAAGAGUGACGUGUUCGCAGAUCGUACGACGGCAGCCGACGGCGGCAACGAGCCUGGCGACCACCAAAUCGGCGACUCGCUAAACGACUCGCUCGAUAUCAGUGAUAGCGACAGGCCGCGCAAGGUGCGCCGCUCGAGGACCACCUUCACCACGUAUCAGCUGCACCAACUAGAGCGAGCGUUCGAGAAGACGCAGUAUCCUGAUGUUUUCACCAGAGAGGAGCUCGCUAUGAGGCUAGAUCUGUCCGAGGCCAGAGUUCAGGUGUGGUUUCAGAAUCGACGAGCCAAGUGGCGCAAGAGAGAGAAGGCCUUAGGCAGAGACACGAGCUUCAUGCACGUGGAACAAGGCGGGGUGAGCGAGCUGUCGCUGCACGCGCACCUGCUGCAGAGCGCGGGCGGCCUGCCGAGUAGCCCCGGCGAGGCAGGCAACGCGCACGCGGCGGCCGCCGGCUUCCCCUGGUUCAUGCCGCCCGUCUUCCCGCCGCCGUGGCCGACGAGCGCGCCCAAGCUGCCGCCGCUGCACGCGAUACUCUCGCAGUACAUCGGCCUGCCGCUGCCCGCGGGCCUGGGCCUGCCGGUCGUGCAUCCGCACCACGCGGCCGCCGUCGCCGCCGCGCUCGACAGGCAGCAGCAGCAGCAGCAGCAGCAGCAGCAGCAGACGUCCGCGGCGCAGAGCAACGGCGGCCCCCUGAACCUCGGCGUUCCGCAGAGCCUGCCGCAGAACCUCAGCAGCAAGAAGAGGGAAAGGCCCGACGAAGACUCGGCCUCCGACGACGAUGAGCUCAGGCGGCACAGCGUCGAGCUGCUCAGGGUGAAGGCCGAGGAGGUGAUGCGCAAGAACGACAAUUAGACAAUUAGACGGUCGACGUCGUCCUGCUUCAUUUUUUUUUGGUCUCCUUUGCUUUUGCCGCUUUCCGUUGAUCGCCGUCGGUAUCAUGGCCACGAGGACAAUAAACGCCAGUUCGCCAGCUUUUUCCACUUGCCGCCUGCUGUUACCGCGUAAUCAUUUCUUCCUUCGUGAUCCGACCUGCGUUCUCGGACAUUGUAUUCGACGGAUACAUCGCAGAUAACGAUUUAUUCUUUCGAUAUACGAGCGACAAUAAUUACUCUAGCGGAAAUUAUAUUUUCAUGUACUCAACGGCUGCUAUACGACGCUAAAAUAAUAACGCCAAGUAUUUCAAGAUUUAAUCGCUCUCGCUCCCUCUUUUUCUAUUUUAGUUGUUUGAAUGCUAAUUGUGCAUGAAAUGCGAACGCGGAGUCAAUUUCUUUUUUCGUUCGCUGGCGUUUGUGCUCCUUUCUUUUCGCGCUUGAACGGCACUCAAGCGAGCUGCUUUUAUUUCCGAACGAAACUAUUGCCGACACGAGUAUACCAAAAAAUUAGGCUUCAAUUUUCGCGCGAAAUAAGCGCAUAAAUUUAUAUAGCGAAUUGGAAGGUUUUUGUUGUCAGGAAAAUCAUUAUUAUAUGCUUGUAUCGGCCGUCAGAAAUCUAAUAUUACAUAUAACGAUAAUGUAUACGUAAUGAAAACGAAAAAAUUACCCAAUUAUUAAAUUAUAAUAAAGAUAGUUUGUUGCAUUAAUCGCGCGUAAAAAAUAUUCGAAUAUA